CGGACAGGAACUGAUUGGUUGAUACUUUAUCUCCGUCUACUUUAUAUCUCUUUCCAGUGCUUUAGUAUACACCACUUCCCCACUUGAUCUCUCUCCAAAGUUGUUUAGAUCAUAUGCCCCAAAGUUCAAGGGUUAGUUACGUUAUAUAUCCAAUGACUUUAAAUAUUCGUUCCCGAGAGUGGCCACUAUGAAUUAGACCAGAGUUACAGUGCAUAGUGGCCAUUUACACAGUACUGUUUAUACGGCCAUCUGAAUAGAAGGUGAAAUAACCCUACAUUUUAUGGAGUCAGUGCUGCCGGCACCAUCCCACCCAGACAAAGUCAAAGCUCUAACAUGGCGCCGGCAGUCCUCCUCCUACCGCCAUCUUUAUAGUGAGUGCUGACCACCGAGUAUUCACAGCUAUCUAGAGCGUGCUGCACACAGAGACGCUCUACUUUCAUUCUAUUCUUUGUUGUACUUGGAGGGACUGGCGCCCGCUGAAGGUCGAUUGGAUCGCGCCAACCAACAUGGCGGAUGGGGAAGGAGAUGCAGGAAAAGAGGAGUCUUUCAAGUUGUUGUGGAUUCUUGAUGUAAAAAAGACUCCAUGUGCACGUGAAUCUGUUCUUUAUGGGUCUGUUGGGUCUUUAGUGAUUGGUAUCAGCCAUUUUUUAGCAACAAGCAGAGUCAGACGUUCUUGCGACUUGGCUUUUGGAGGAUUCAUUCUUAGUACACUGGGCAGUUGGAUAUACUGUAGAUACAACCAUGCAAAGAUGAGGAUUCAACAACGAAUAUUACAAGAUGGUAUUAAAAAGCAGAUCCUCUAUGAAGGAACAGAUAUUAAACCUGUUACACAAGACGGCUACAAAAGUGAUCAGUCAUAAUCCAGCAAUCACAUUCAUGGACUGCAAGCAACUUGCACAGAGAUCAUUUUUAAAUCUGACUUUUUGACCUGGCUAUACUAAAAUAGUUUCUAGUGAAGAGGAAAAGGAACAUGGGACUUUCUGCUGUGCAUUUCAUCCCUUUCAGAUGAAUACACAAGCAAGUGGCUUUAUAAAGGAGAACGAUAUCCAAGAGUAUAAUUAUAAUAUAUAGUCUAAAUGACUUCUAUAAAAUCUUACUUUAUUUUUACUACAUUAAGAGUCAAGAAUUGAAUUGUUUCUAGUUAAUAAAAUGGAAAACAUCAGCAGCUUAAGUUA